AUGCAAGUCCAAAUGUUUCUGCUCACAGUCUGGUUUUCUCUCACGGGCGCCUUUUACUUCCACAUGGCAGAGCGAGAGGAGAAAUGCAUCAUUGAGGACAUCCCAAGCGAUACACUGAUCACAGGCACCUUCAAGACUCAACAGUGGGACAUGGGCAGACAUGACUUUCUGGAAUCUGCCCCUGGCCUGGGGAUGUUUGUCACGGUCUCCACCUACAAUGAAGAGGUAUUACUGUCCAAGUUAUACAGCUCACAAGGAACUUUCCACUUCACUUCCCAUUCGCCUGGGGAACACAUCAUUUGCUUAGAAUCCAACUCCACAAGGCUUGUGUCAUUUGGAGGGAGUAAGCUGCGGGUCCACUUAGAGGUCCACGUUGGGGAGCAUGACCUGGACACAGUCAUCGCACAAGCAAAGGACAAGGUCAAUGAAGUCAGCUUCAAGCUGGAGCAUCUGAUUGAGGAGAUGGAGCAGAUAGUCAGAGAGCAGAACUACCAGCGGGACCGUGAGGAAAGAUUCCGGACGACCAGUGAAGACACAAACAGCAAUGUCCUAUGGUGGGCUUUUGCACAGACGCUGAUCUUUAUCGCAGUUGGAAUUUUCCAAAUGAAGCACCUAAGAGAUUUUUUUAUAGCCAAGAAGCUUGUUUAA